ACUCUUGCUUUCUGCCAUUUUGUUUGUAAGCCUUGAGGAAUCAACUUUACCUCAGAAAUCUCACUAAGUUGUCUGAAUUUAAUUUUUUUUCUCUUCUCUUCCUGCUGACUGAAGUAUAGCUUUCUUCUUUGCAAGUCUCUGUUCUUGGUCAUGGAUUAUUUUGUUUGUGACAAACUAAGCCAGUGGGGUCUGAGUGAGUUGAUAGAAAUAUUUAAAGAUGAAGAAAUGGACACGGAAAGUCUUUAUUGUCUUGAAGACCGAGAUAUUGAUACACUGAUUCCAAAAGUGGACCAAAGGAUUCAAUUCAAAAAGGAAUUUCAGUUGUUAAAGGAAGAACAAAGCAGAAAUCCAGGGAUGCAGCAAUGUCCUGCACAUUGUUGCAUUAACUCUGGAUCUGAAGAGUGUCCAACCCAAGAUGAUACCAGUUCAAUUAGGUCAUCAUCACCUGGUCGACCGAGAGAAUGUCUCCUCACUGACAACAAUGUGACAUCUAACCCAACCAGGUCCAGCAUAAAGUCUCUCAGCACCAUCACCGUCUCUGUUAGCUUGUUAAACAUCCGUUCACUCACCAACAAAGAGUCUUUCGUUUCCAAGCUUCUAAGGGAAAAGCAGUUUGACUUCUUAUGCCUGACGGAGACCUGGCAGAAGAAAAAUGAUCUUACACAUUUAAAAAGGGCUGCGCCGGAUGGGUAUUCUCACAUCAGCCAACCACGCUCUGAAGGACGAGGAGGCGGUGUCGCAGUGCUCUUCAGAGACAAGUGGCUUGUAUCUUCUGUCAGUGUCCCCACUUACAACUCUUUUGAAUCUACAGUACUACAAAUCCACUUAUCAGUACCCACCAUCUUAGCCACCAUCUAUCGCCCUCCUGAGUCCAACAAGGAUUUCUUAAAUGAUUUCUCCUCUCUUUUAACAUUUUUGUGGUCCUUAUCCCCAAAUAUUAUCGUAGUAGGUGAUUUCAACAUUCACAUGGACAAAUUCAGCAACACUCUGACGCGGGACUUUUAUUAUUUGUUGGACAGUUGUGGAAUGCAGCAAUAUGUUGACUUUUCUACACACAGCCACGGUCACAUUCUGGAUCUUGUCUGCUGCUCUGCUUUAACGCUUUCAAACUGUACGGCAUUAGAAAUGUCCAUUUGUGACCACAAACUGAUUUCAUUUACUGUCACUUUGCCACUAUACAGACUAUAGUUUCAUCUUUUUCCAAACAUCAGUAGUUCUAUUCGAUCUGGUACAUUUGACAAAAUCACAGAUCCAUUUAUGGACAAGUUACACAGAUGAUGUGGUCUGACUCUACAACAAUGCAUGGGAAAGACAUUCUGCAGAGCAAAACAUCCCUUCUUUGGCUGGAUGUUAGUUUUUCUAAAUUGUUUUGGUGGAUUUCUCUAGACAGAAUCAAAAUGUUCUUUACUAUUAUUUCCACUUCCAAGCAGUAGUUUUACAUUUCUUCUGACAAGCUGUAAAUAUGCUUGGACAUGCAUUAGUUGCUUCCAUACAAGUCUCUGCUGCUUCAUAACUGACAUAACUGGUGUCAUGUCAGUAAAAUGAACAUUUAAUGAAUGAGGAAUUCCUUGUAAAACUAAAAAUCUUAAUUGAAUUGUUUGGGUCAUUACACACAAAUGUUUUGUGUUAUCAAAAUCUGUCAAUAUUAUACAUUUCUUCAUAAUUCUUUCCCAAAAAUCUUGCAAGAAAGUUGGCACUUCCCCACCUUGUAUUUUAUUACUGUGAUUUCUUAUCGCUGUAAAUACUUGGAUUAUAAAAUCUAGUUGAGGCUUAAACCAAAUUUCUUGAAUACAAAUAAGAUGUGGUUUGUCUGUCAAAUCUGAAAUGUUUUUUAUUAUUAUUCUUGACCAUUACUAUUAAGACUUCUGGCAAUUCACUUUAAUAUAAUAACAAAGAAAAAAGACCACUGCACGACUGAGUUUGAGAAGAUUGACUUUUUUAGUAUGUCCUUUCUUAAUGUCAAGAUACAGUAUAUUUGAGCUGCUUCCACAAUUAUAUGAAUUUUUUUUCAGUUUUCCUUUCUUUUUGGGCAGUGCUAUUUAUUACCUCUACCAUGAAUAAAACAAAUUCCUCUUUCA